AUGGACGUUGGACACCAGGAGGACCACAGGGGGAACAUGAUGGACGCACGCAGGGACGGUGAGAAUGCGCUGCCAGAUGAGGCCGACCUGCAGCACCUGGAGAGGCUGGUGCUCGGCUUCAUGGCGUCGCAGGCGCUGUUUGCUGGCUGCGAGCUUGGCCUUUUUGACCUCCUGGCGGGUGGCGCGCUGGGAGUGGGGCCUGUGUCGGGGCGGCUGGGACUGAGUGUGCGGGGGACGCAGAGGCUGCUGGAUGUGCUGGUGGCACUGAGGCUGCUGGGAGCCACUCCUGGCCCGGAGGGAGAACUGAUUUACGCACUGACCCCGCUGACCCGCGCCUGCCUGACGCGUGAAGGCUGUGCUUCCCAGCACCACCUGCUGCGCUACCUGGGCGGGACGACGUACCGGCUGUGGGCGCACCUGGCGGAGGCCGUGAGGGAGGGCUGCCAUCAGUAUGCUCGCGCAUUUGGUGUCAGCAACGACGAGGAAGAUGACCUGUUUGCUGCCAUUUACAGGUCAGAUGACGAACGCCUGCGUUUCCUGUCGGGGCUGCAGGACACUUGGCGUGACUCCAGGCUGACCCGGAAGCUGCUGACGGCCGAGGACAUGGCUGCUUUCCCACGCGUGUGUGACCUUGGGGGUGGCAGCGGCGAGCUGGCACGCGCAUGGGCGUUGCUCUACCCAGCGAGCGCAGUGACGGUGCUGGAGACGCCCGAGGUCGUGCGUGACGUGAUGGACAAGUUCCUGCCCCACGAGCGCGUGUGCUUCAUGCCAGGCGAUUUCUUCCGGGACCCGCUGCCUCCAGCCGAUGUGUUCAUCCUCGCCCGUGUCCUGCACGACUGGGACGACACCACGUGUGCGCAGCUGCUGGGGCGCGUGGGCGGGGCCUGCGGGCCAGGCGGUGCAGUCGUGGUGGUCGAGGCGCUGCUGCCCGAGGAAGAUGACUUUGGCGGUGAUGCAGCUGAGGGGGCGUGGCCCGCGUGGUGGGCGUGGCCUGCCGUGCGCACGCGCCUGCUGUCCCUCAACAUGCUGGUGCAGACGCGCGGCACCGAGCGCUCGGCCGCCCAGUACCUUGACCUGCUGGCGGCCGCCGGCUUUACCAGGGCGCGUGCGCACCGCACUGGCAGCGCCUAUGAUGUCAUCGUGGCACGCAAGUGA